AUGGCCCGUGCGCAGCGCCGCCCCUCCCCCUUUCUUUCCGCAGCGCGGCCCAGCAGCGACCCAUCCAUGCAGGAGGCCGGGUCCCCGGAGCACCCGCCCGCCACCGACGGGCCGCCCGGCCGCCUCAGCCCUGAGGAGGAGGAGGACGAGGAGGAGGAGGAGCAGCAGCAGCAGCCGCCCGCGCCCGCCGAGGAGAAGACCGCAGCCGGGGAAACGCCCGAGGUAGAAUCUGAGGAGGAGGCCGAGGCGGAGGAGCCGGAGCCCAGCACUGAGGCCGAGGCCGAGCCGCCCCCGGAGCAGCAGGAGGAGGAGAAGAAGGAGGAGGAGGAGGAUGACAUCUCCUUCAGCGACCCCGAGGACUUCGUGGACGACAUCAGUGAGGAAGAAUUACUUGGUGAUGUGCUAAAAGACCGGCCACAGGAAGCAGAUGGAAUUGAUUCAGUAAUUGUAGUGGAUAAUGUUCCUCAGGUUGGACCAGACAGACUUGAGAAGUUGAAGAAUGUCAUCCACAAAAUCUUUUCCAAGUUUGGGAAAAUUAUCAAUGAAUUCUAUCCAGAAGCAGAUGGGAAGACAAAAGGGUAUAUAUUCUUGGAGUACAUGUCCCCAGCUCAUGCUGUUGAUGCUGUAAAAAAUGCAGAUGGAUACAAGUUGGACAAACAGCAUACUUUCAGAGUCAAUCUUUUCACGGACUUUGACAAGUACAUGACCAUCAGUGAUGAAUGGGAAAUCCCCGAGAAACAGCCAUUUAAAGACUUGGGGAAUCUACGCUACUGGUUGGAAGACCCAGAUUGUAGGGAUCAGUACAGUGUGAUCUUUGAGUCAGGAGACCGCACCACCAUCUUCUGGAAUGAUGCAAAGGAACCUGUCCAAAUUGAAGAAAGAGCACGGUGGACAGAAACCUAUGUCCGCUGGUCUCCCAAGGGUACCUAUCUGGCUACAUUCCAUCAAAGAGGAAUUGCUUUAUGGGGAGGAGAAAAAUUCAAACAGAUCCAGAGGUUCAGCCACCAAGGUGUACAGCUCAUAGACUUCUCACCUUGCGAAAGGUACAUGGUGUCCUUCAGCCCUCUAAUGGACACUCAGGAUGACCCUCAGGCUAUCAUCAUCUGGGAUAUCCUAACUGGUCAGAAGAAGCGAGGAUUCCAUUGUGAAAGUUCAGCCCAUUGGCCCAUCUUUAAGUGGAGUCAUGAUGGCAAAUUUUUUGCUCGAAUGACAUCAGAUACCCUCAGCAUCUAUGAAACACCUUCUAUGGGCCUACUGGACAAGAAAAGUUUGAAAAUCACUGGGAUAAAAGAUUUUUCAUGGUCUCCAGGAGGUAACAUAAUUGCAUUUUGGGUGCCUGAAGACAAAGACAUCCCAGCAAGGGUGACACUGAUGCAGCUCCCCUCCAGACAGGAAAUUCGUGUGCGGAACCUGUUCAAUGUGGUAGACUGCAAACUACACUGGCAAAAGAAUGGAGAUUACCUGUGUGUGAAGGUAGACAGGACUCCCAAAGGUACACAGGGUGUAGUGACCAAUUUUGAAAUCUUCCGAAUGAGAGAGAAGCAGGUCCCAGUGGAUGUGGUAGAAAUGAAAGAACCUAUCAUAGCCUUUGCCUGGGAACCAAAUGGUAGCAAGUUUGCUGUGUUGCAUGGAGAGACUCCUCGAAUUUCUGUCUCCUUUUACCAUGUCAAAAAUAAUGGGAAGAUAGAGUUCAUCAAAACGUUUGACAAGCAGCAGGCAAACACGAUAUUCUGGAGUCCCCAAGGGCAGUUUGUAGUGUUGGCUGGCCUCAGAAGCAUGAAUGGUGCCUUAGCGUUUGUUGAUACAUCUGAUUGCACCAUGAUGAACAUAGCUGAACACUAUACAGCCUCAGAUGUGGAAUGGGAUCCUACCGGCAGAUACCUUGUUACUUCUGUGUCUUGGUGGAGUCACAAGGUGGACAAUGCGUAUUGGUUAUGGACCUUCCAGGGUCGUCUUCUCCAGAAGAACAAUAAAGACCGUUUUUGCCAGCUGCUUUGGAGACCCCGACCUCCUACUCUGCUCAGCCAGGAUCAGAUCAAGCAAAUUAAGAAGGACCUGAAGAGAUACUCCAAGAUCUUUGAACAGAAGGAUCGUCUGAGCCAAUCCAAAGCCUCAAAGGAACUGGUGGAAAGGAGACAUACAAUGAUGGAGGAGUUCAAGAAAUACCGCAAGAUGGCACAGGAACUUUACAUGGAACAGAGAAAUGAGCGUUUAGAGCUUCGAGGCGGGGUGGACACAGAUGAGCUGGAUAGCAAUGUAGAUGAUUGGGAGGAAGAGACAGUUGAAUUUUUUAUCAACGAAGAAAUUAUUACCGUUGCAGAACCGGAGUAGUCUAAUAAAACCGUGCACCACCAUAUCUUGUACUGAAAAGAGGUUUGUUCAUUUUCAGAAAGCCUACAUCAUCUUUGGAAUUUUUAGACCAUCUUCUCUCACUCUGGAUGGUGAAGGCGCCACCUUCUCUCCAUUCUGACACAUUGUAGUGCCUUUAAAACCCGCUGCCUGCAGGAGGGAUAUUUGCAAAGGCACUGCUUUUAAAUUUUUAUUCAUUUUUAGGGGUUUUCUUUUUAAAUCCACCACUACCAGUAUUUGCUAUCUGACUCUCGUGUGGUGCUUACCAGUUGGCAGUUUUUAAUUGCCCUCGGGUGAGUGUCAACAGUGCACCUUCUGGAGUCUGGCGCGCACACACAAUGCUUCUCUUUGCUGAGGACACUUUUUAUGUCCCAUGUGCAUGGACAGGUAUUUGUUUUGUAUGGGAAAAGAUCUGCAGGGAAACCAUUUUUCACAUGAUGUAUUUUAGUGUGCUGAAGCGGCACUACAGUGGGCUGUACCCUCCUCCAUUCAGAUUGUGACAGGAUCUCUCAGUGGGUUGAACGUGAAAAUAAAAACAGACCUAUACUAAAAAAAA